AGUCAAACCCACAAACUGCACACCCGCGUAAAUUCCACCAUCCAAUCAUUCCCGCCAUGACAUUUCUCUCUCCUAAAACCCUACCCCCUUCCCCGUUCCCUCUCCUCCCUCACAAAAACCCUAACCCCAAACCACCCUACUUCCACCCUCACUCCCUUCCAACCGACACCCUCUGCAAAUCCGAAUACCGCACCGAAAGAGGCCUCGAAUUCGACACUGGCGAGUCCUUCUUCCGCCAGGAGAGCGCCACCGGCCGCGACCUCGGCGUGCUCGCCGCAUCCCUCCACCGCAAAUCCAACGGCGGUCUCCGAGUCCUCGACGCCAUGUGCGGGUGCGGUAUCCGGUCGCUGCGGUACUUGGUGGAGGCGGAGGCGGACUUCGUGCUCGCAAACGACGCGAAUGAGGAAUGCAGGAGGGUAAUUUUGUCGAACAUGUGGCGGGUGCCGAGGAGGGGUGGGUCCGGGGAGGAGGAGAAGAGGUGGGCGGUGACGCAUUUUGACGCGGAUAGGGUGAUGACGGAGUAUUAUCUACAGAGGGAGUAUUUUGACCUGAUUGAUGUUGAUUCGUUUGGGAGUGAUUCGAGUUACUUCAGGCCUGCUAUCAAUGCUUUAAAAUGGGGUGGGUUGCUUUAUUUUACUUCCACUGAUGGGUACACUUCCGGCGGUAACCGGCCUUAUCAUUCUGUAGCUUCAUAUGGAGCGUAUGUUUGCCGUGUUCCAUAUUCGAAUGAGGUUGGUCUGCGAAAGGUUAUAGGUGGAGCAGUGCGAGAAGCUUCUGUUUUGGGUUAUCAUGUUACACCACUUUUCUCGUACUAUUCGUUUCAUGGACCUGUUUUUAGGGUCAUGCUUCGCUUAAGCCGUGGAAUGCUUCCUGACAAAAGCAGGCAUUAUGGUUUCAUUGGCUACUGCAAGAGAUGUGGGCAUUCUCAAGCAUUUUCAUGGGAUGAACUUGGUGGCAUUGAUUGCCCCUGCAACAAAUCAAAUGUUUCUGGUUCACUUGUUGUCCUAGGGCCGCUUUGGACAGGACCUCUUCACACUACUACCUACAUAACAGAAAUGCUAAAUUUGGCUGAACAAUGGGGAUGGACAAAUAGUGGCAUGGGUUUGGACCUGGAAAAGCUAUUAAGGCAGAUGAUUGAUGAAAGUCACCCUGGGUUACCACCUGGAUACAUCAUUAUGGACGAGGUAUCAAAACGUGCCAAAGUUAAUUCUCCUCGCAUCAAGACCAUGAUGAGCAGCAUACACCAGGAAGGAUAUGUUGCCUGUAGGUCACACAUUGCCUCCAAUGCCCUGAAGACAAACUGCCCAAUGGCAGAAUGUGUGAGGAUCGCCAAGGAACUCAACAGUGCUGAAUGAUCCGUUUGCGAAAUCAUUCUUUCACCUGAAACAAGAUGUGAAUGUAUGGAGCGAAGUUGGUGCUGAUGCCCGUUAACAAAUCACCAAGUAGCAGGGACGGAAAAACGUGAAACUUUAACCAGGUAGAACUCAUAGAAGGCCAUUCUGUACUUUGGAAGAAGAAAGUGCAGUAAUGAAGAGUAUCAGGAUAUCCUAAGAUGGAAGCUAUCUGUGUUCACGUUAUUCAACUCCGCUUCAGUUUGGCAGGUAGUUUCAGUAGGUAAAGGCUUGCAGCCCACAAAGCUGUGAGGACCCACUGCCUUUUUUUGUUGACAGAAAAGGGGGGCGGGGGAAACUUAGCUAGAAGGCCUCAGCUGCCCAAAUUCCAAAUUCCGACAAUUCAAGAAUGGCAGCGAUGGUGUCUGUGAUUCUAUGUGAUAGUAGUUAUGGGCAUGAAAAAAAAUUGGAGAUUCUGCCCACUUGUAAAAACAAUUCAAGCAAGGGUUGUUAAAACCACAAAUUCUUACGAUUACAAGUCAGGUCAUGAGCAAUUAUCCUUGUUUGAUUGUCAAUAAAAAAUUACUCCUAUCUUCGUAGUUGGUUUGCAGUUAAACUCAAUGUUAAUGGGGAACAACAAACGCAUGCCCUUUCUUGUCAAAAACCACAAUUCAGAAUGACAGCAGUUUGCAAUAUUCGAAUUCAGGAAGAACAAUGAACAAACUUUACUGCCCUUCUAGCUUCAGUGUGGAUGCCAGUGGCAGAGUCGUGGAAAACUCAAGCCCGAAAUCCGUAAAAUCCCAAAAAUAUUUAUCUUUUCAAAGGAAAGCACCCUUCCACAGCUCAAGAAGCAAUUGGCAACAACCUUUUGAAAAACCAUUCCAUUCCCUUGAAGACUGGUAUUACACGAACAAGCCCAACACAUCAAUUACUAUCACAUCAUCUCAAAGUAUCGAACAAGCAUUGCAAGAGCUAUAUUGACACAUUAACCUGGAGAUUUGAUCUUUGCAUAGACGUUGGCAUGACAUGUAAUUCUCUAUGCAAUGCAUACCAGAUACCAGUUAUGCAAUUAGAUGAUGACGUAUAACACAAGCACAGGAAGGAAAUUUAGUGUGAUGCCAUUGGAUAAGUACUGGACAACAAAGCUCAGAAAAUGUUCACAGUUCCAAACAUGGAAUAACACUAUAGGAAGGCGAUGCUCCUCAACUAGGUAACACCAUUUUAUUCCUCUUCAAAUGCAACAGAAGCAUUAGCACCAUCUCAGCAAGCCGGUUCUUGAGAAUGCAAACAUCCUUCAAGGGCAUUCUUUCGCAUAAACUUCACUGGCAUAUUUCCAGUCAAUGACUUUCCAUAUAUUCUUCAGGUAAUCGGGUCUAACAUUCUUGUACUG